AUUCUGGAUCUAAGGCUCAUGAUGCAGUGGGAUUCAAUAAGCUGGUAGGUGCUGCCCAACGCGAGGUUUUCAGCUCCAGUCUACAACGAAUGAGCACGGAAAUAUACCGCAGCAUCCUCAUUCAUUUGAAGUGUUUACGCUCAGAUCAUAAAGGCAUCACCCCCACUGAUAACCUGCAGCAGCUGGAGGACAAGGUCAGCUCAGACAGCAGCUCGGAGCCUGUUAAAACCUGAGCCACACACAGGUUUAUUCUCAGCCUUGGCCAGGAACAAAGGAGCAGCAACAAGGCUUUUCCCCACAAUCCUCUAGUGCUCCCUCCCAGCUGGCCGAGCCUGACGGGUGUGCUGACACUAACUGGAUCUGAGUGCUCUCUUUUUCCACCGUGCAGGGUCUGGCUGUGUGGAGGAAGUGGGGGCUAAUUAAUGAGCUGUGAGUAUGAGGCCUCACUGCUGACAGCCAGUGGAGACAGGAUUAAUAGUCCGGUCAUCUGGCUUGAUGUGCGUGCCUCCAGGCUGCCCCUUGACGAGAGUCCACUGCGGAAUCCACCACGGCGGCCGCCGAGAGACCAGCAGAGAUGCCCACCGAGACUCUACAGGCAGAUAGCAAGCCCGCCGGUCAGGGUGGGGCCUUUGCCUCCGCUGUCCCACUCCGCAUCCUCAACAAGGGGCCUGACUAUUUCCGCCGGCAGACCGAGCCCAACCCAAAGAGGUUGAGCGCCGUGGAGCGGCUCGAGGCCGACAAGGCUAAGUACGUGAAGAGCCAGGAGGUCAUCAACGCUAAGCAGGAACCCAUAAAGCCACAGGUACUGGCCAAGCCCCCUGUCUGCCCACUUCCCGUCAAGAGAAGUGGCGGUGUGGGAUGUGGCUUGAAAGCCUCCAACAAUAAUGCCAAGUCGGACACCUGCGCAACCACCACCAAACGGGAGAAUCUCAACCUGGAGAUCCUGAAGAACAUCUUGAACAGCUCCUCCUCAUCCGAGGGGCCCAUCAAGGGGACGUCGCACAAAGUUGGGGCACGUAGCUGGGCGCCGCAUCGCUCAUCUGAGCUGUUGGAACCUGGAUGUCGUUCCUUUGCUGACUCGCUCAAGGUACCACCUACCACGCAAGGUCGACACAGUCCACAGGGAGGCAACUUGAACCUGAGUCGCAGGCUGCUGGAGGAGAGGUCGUGCGAGGCUGAUGGCGAGCGUUCGCCACUGCACGCCUCCCUCAGCUCCUCAGACAUUCGGCGCAUGUGCAAUGGGAAGCCACUGAGAGCGGCCCGCAGCAGCAGCUCUUCCGCACCACCACUGCCGCCCAAGCCUAGCGCCAAGGCCUUGGCUGCAUGUGACAAUGCUCCCUGCUCCUCUGAAAGAGAGACACUAUCUAGCACUGCUACAGAGCUGGAGUUGGGCAGUUCUGUGGCCCGCAGGCCCUCUCUUCAUCGCUCCAAGUCAGACCUGAGUGACCGCUAUGCUCGGGCUGGUGCAGACGUGGAGCGCUUCUUCAACUAUUGUGGGCUAGAUCCAGAGGAGCUGGAGAGCGUAGGUGUGGAAAGCUUCACCCGAGCGAACUCUGACAUUGUGUCGCUCAACUUCCGUAGUGCCAGCAUGAUCAGCUCAGACUGUGAGCAGUCACGGCAUAGCAACGAUGACCUGACCGAUGAAGAAGACGAUGCUGGGGAGCGUGUUCCCUAUGGAAUUUCUGCCGUUGAACGGAAUGCCCGGGUCAUUAAGUGGCUCUACAGCAUCAAGCAGGCACGGGACUCUCAGAAAGUCUCCCAUGUCUAAAAGAGGGAACCCCAGCUUGGUGUGGACUUGAUACCUGCUUUUUUUUGUCUUUGAAAUCUCGAAAGAUUACAUGGGAAAGCAUUUUGAGUUGACGGCGCUUUUUAGUCACUUUUUGCAUUCAGUGUUUGCUGUCUUCUGAAUCUGCAGAA